ACAGUAUGAUGAUUAGUGUCUGACAAUAAAGUUGAAGUCAUCAUCUAGUCCACUUUUCCACUCCACCACCAAACUCCUACCAGACUCACUCACUCUCUCUCUCUCUCCACCCUCCAACUGCAACUGCAAUGGCCGUCCCUUCCUUCUCCGCGCGUUCUUUCUCUCUCCCCGCCCAAAACCACUACUGCCACCUCUCUUCUCUCCCACUACCCUCCUUCACUCUCUCAUCUCGCCGCCCAAGAUAUUCUUCUUCCAACCUCUUCACACCUCUUCGCUCUCCCACAACCCCCAUUUUUGCAUCGGCCCACGGCGGUGGCACCGGAGGCGGACAUGCCGGCGGAGGUGGAGCUGGAGGUGGAGGGGGAGGCGACCAUGAAUCGGAGGACAGGGAUCGGAACAGAGAGGAGGCGCUGCUGGUUCUCGCCGAGGCAGGGCGGCCGCUGGAGAAAUUGCCGGCGGAUUUAGCGGCGGCGAUUGGGGCGGGGCGAGUGCCGGGCUCGAUUGUGAAGAGGUUGUUCGAGCUGGAAAAAUCGGCAGUGUUCCGGUGGCUGCUGAAUUUCGGAGGGUUUAGGGAGAGGUUACUGGCCGAUGAUUUGUUCCUCGCUAAGGUUGCCAUGGAGUGCGGUGUUGGCAUCUUUACAAAGACUGCUGCGGAGUUGGAGAAGCGCAAAGAAAAUUUUACUAAGGAGCUUGAUUUUGUUUGUGCCGAUGUGGUAAUGGCCAUCGUAGCAGAUUUUAUGCUUGUGUGGCUUCCUGCCCCCACAGUUUCUCUCCGACCACCACUUGCUGUUAGUGCUGGAACUAUUGCUAAAUUCUUCUAUGGCUGCCCUGAAAAUGCUUUUCAGGUGGCUUUGGCUGGGACCUCAUAUUCACUUAUUCAGAGAAUAGGUGCUAUAGUGAGAAAUGGAGCAAAGCUAUUUGCAGUUGGAACUGGUGCAUCACUGAUUGGUACAGGUGUAACUAAUGCGUUGAUCAAUGCAAGAAAAGUUGUUGAUAAAUCUUUUGCUGCUGAGGCAGAGGAUGUACCGAUAAUAUCGACAAGUAUUGCCUAUGGGGUUUACAUGGCAGUAUCCAGCAACUUAAGGUACCAAGUACUAGCUGGAGUUAUUGAACAACGGAUUCUUGAACCUUUGCUGCACCAGCACAAACUUAUGCUAAGCGCAAUUUGCUUUGCUGUUAGAACUGGAAACACUUUCUUGGGCUCACUAUUGUGGGUGGAUUAUGCUCGCUGGGUUGGAGUCCAGAAGAUACGGGAUUAGGCAUAAUGGUUCUUCAGUUACAAGAUAUUUUCAUAGGAUGAUUAGGGUCAAAUCUUGUCUGUUGAUUCAUUAUUGAAGUACAGUUGGUUUGUUGUAUUUUUUUUUAUUCCUCCUGAAAGCAAUGUUGUAAAUUGAGCAAUAACGGAGGGCAGCAAGCACCUUGACUUGAGUCUCCAAUUAUCACCGUUUAUGCUGGCCAGUGAAGGUAUAAGAUCCAUCUCUCGUAGCUAGCAGAAAGCUGCAGCAUGAGAUGAAUUUGAGUCACACAUCUUCACUAGACAUUUGUGGGGCAAUGCCUAUAUUGUUCUUGUGUGUUUUGCCUUCUAAAGUUAAAAAUGAAUAGAGACAAAUUCAAAUUGGCAGUGCCCUAAUAGCUGUUGCUUAA